AACCCUCAUCUCCCUCUCUAAUUGUAGGGUUUCAUUGUGUGUAGAACGGAGAAGAAGCUCUGAGGGUUUUACACAUUUCCAAAAUCCAUAGCUGUACAUGCAUGCUGCUUACAAGAUUUCCUCGUGACCAACUUAUAUCUUGCUCCUUCUUCAUUGUCCAUUUGUCGUAUCAGAAUAGCAGGAGCCACCAUAAUAUAGGUUUAGUUGCUCUGUGGUUUAGCAACAAAAGAAACUUAUGCACAUGGAAUUUUUCAGAACUGAGAAGCUAUCACAGCCAGAAAAUUUCAGAACCAAGAAAUGGAGGGCUUACUUCCAAUAGUCAUUUUUGUAAUCAUUCCUCUAGGAAAGUUCCGGUCCGUUUUGGUCAUUCUCCCAAAGUGUUAUCUGGUGAGACUUAUUCUGUUCUUCAAUCAAGUGGUUUUCAGCACUGGUUCAAGAACUGGCAAGAACAGAGAAAGCAUAAACUGACAGCAAGCACUUUUGGUGGGGCUGUUGGUUUUUGGCCUCGCCGCAGAGUCCAGCUUUGGUUAGAAAAGUUAGGGGCAAUUAAGCCAUUCAGCGGCAAUCUGGCUACCUGUUGGAGCAACAUUAAAGAAGAGGAAGCACUUGAAAGAUACAAGCUGAUAACAGGAAAUACUGUCUUGUUUCCUGAAUUUCAGGUCUAUGGUAAAAAGAAUCCAGAAGACAAUUGGCUUGCAGCUUCCCCAGAUGGGGUAGUUGAGAGGCUUGUCUAUGGACUGCAUUCCCGAGGAGUGCUGGAGAUAAAGUGUCCAUUUUUUAAUGGAGAUAAGAGCAUAGCUUCACCUUGGUCUCGAGUCCCCCUUUAUUGUAUUCCCCAAGCUCAGGGUUUAAUGGAGAUAAUGGAUCGGGAUUGGAUGGAUUUCUAUGUUUGGACUCUUAAUGGAAGCAGUUUAUUCAGGCUAUACCGGGAUGUAGAAUAUUGGGAUGUUCUAAAAAUAGCAUUAUCUGACUUCUGGUUUAAGCAUGUUCAACCAGCGAGAGAAUUGUGCAGUGAACAUGUGAUUACUAAUCCUCUCAUUGAAUUGCGAUCACUCAAGCCAGAGCCGAGACAUGAAUUAUGUAGGUACAUUGUUUAUGAAAGCAAACGCAUUGUUGAUAACUCCAAGUUAUUGAUGCGAGAAAUUCAUGGGAAAUUGCAAAACUGAUGCAUACAUUCGUUGAGUUUGGUUUGAUUAGAAGGGGGUAUCCAGAAUUCAGAUAGGGGAAGGCUGUAGAGGAGAAACCCAAUGUAGAAACUUUGAGCUUUUAAAUCUGCGGUCUGAAGCGAAAUGGAAUUUGUACCUGAGUAAUUGAGUACCAUUGUUGAGUAAGUAAAUGUUAAAUCAUUGGAACUGUUGCUUGUCUGAGUUACAAAGACAAUAUAUAUAUUGCCAGAGCAGGGAUAAAUCGUGAUGUUGCAGGAGAGAAUGCCGAAAUACAGUCCAUAACAUGGGUUAUAAGAGGAUGGAAUGCCUUUUCCUCCCUCUAUAGGUUCUUAAAUUUAUGUAACAGCUUCUCCUUCCCAAUGGAAGUUAUUACACACAAGGGAGCUUUAAAUCUAUGAUCUUAUUGGCUGGACUCCAGGAGCUGAGUUCUUGAUUAAUGUCAGGUACUAAUGUGGAUUUAAGUGAGAAAUUUUAGCAGUAAGCCUUGCUUUCUUUUGUCCUUUUACUAGUGGUUUGUCUAAAGAGUAAUCAUAUUUUUUUGGGUAUUAUGUUAUAUAACUAUUUAUGAUAUGUGAUAAAAAUUUAUUGAUGUGGCAAAAAUGUACACCAAAAUACAGAAAACAUUUACAAUGGGCACCAAGAGGCUAUCCCAAAAAAGAGAGAAUGCAAAAAACAAGUCUCUUCCUUUGCUAGAUCUCAACCAAUCUACAAAAUCAACUAAAGACAUUGAGUUUUGUUUUACAUACAACCAAACUUAUAAUAAAAUAUUAAUUAGGAAUGGAUAUUUCAGCUUUUGAUAAAAAUACAUAAAGGUGUGGUUCUCUAUACCUUCUUACAUUUUCUUCCUACAAAGUAAUUAUGCCAACUUAAAAGGGUCUCUUUAACCAUGGAAGGGAACACCUCAACUAUGCUAAAUAAAGAAAAGAUGAACUAUCAUAAAACCCUUGUUUUGGCACAAUGAAUGAGAAUGCGAUCAAUUGAUUCUUCUUUGUCUUCAUAGAGAAAAUAUCUAUUCAUUAGAGACAAUCCUCUCUUUUGAAGUUGAUUUAAUGUCAACACCUUCUCUAACUAGCUCCUUCGCCAAAAAAUAACCGCUUUAUACGAGACAUGUGAAUUUUAAUUAUGCUUGUUGGGAAGAAACUUGAUCACCUAGUUCUAAAACAAAAUAGGGAGAUUUAAUAGAAAAAACUGUUGUUUGAAUCUAUCCAAAUUACUUUACCCUACUUUUUUAUUUUGAUAGGUAAAUAAAGGACUUGCAUUAGAAAUGCCUAAAAGCGGCGAAAGUAGUACACACGAAGUAUACAAACAACAUCCAAAAAAAAUUAGGUGGUAAGAAGAUAAAAAAGGCCUUCCCCUUGCUUGACAAACAACUAAUCUAUGAAGUCAAUCGUAGACAAAGUGUGAUCCUCUAUAUAUACCUUAGCUCAAUUCACAAAAGUAUACAAGAAAAAAAAUUUAAUAGCUUGGUCGGAUCACUCAACAUCAUUGAAAGCUCUUCCAUUCCUUUUCUUCCAUAAAGUCCACAUUAAGCAUAAUGGGGCAACCCUCCAUGCCUUCUCCCUUUCUUUACCCACAAAAGAGUUGUACCAACUUAGCAACUUCCUCCUAACUGAGGAAUGUAUAACCCAUUGCACACCGAAAAGAGAGUAGAUCAAAUUCCACAACAUUCUAGCCUUGCCACAAAACAGGAUUAGGUAGUCAAUGGUUUCCUCCUCUUCUUUGCACAAGGAAAAUAAUAUAAAUAAAACACCAAAAAAGAAGCACCAAAGCACAUAAGAUGUAUAUAGUGACCGCUAGAAGGUGUGAAAAAAAGGAUAAGGGAAAACAAAAAACUACUCCCCUUCGAUAAGAACCUAACCAAUCAAUGAAGUCAAAUGAGGAUGUACCAAAGUACACAAGAUGUAUAUAGCGGCUGCCAUAAGAUGUGAAAAAAAGGAUAAAGGAAAACAAAAAACUACCCCUCGAUAAGAACUCAACCAAUCAAUGAAGUCAAAUGAGGACAUGGGGUCUUCAACUAUAUACAACUUGGUUCAAGAUGACAAAUUACAAAGAAACACAUUUUUGAGCCUUUGGUUUGAAAGUUUCUAGUUAUCAAAGGAUCUUCUAUUUCUUUUUUUUCAAAUUGUUCAAAAGAGGAACAAAGGGGCUGCUCCUCAUACUUUUUUCUCUUUCCUUCCAACAAAGGACCCAUGCUAACCUAGCAAAGUCUUCCUUACUGAGGAAGGUAACACCUAAGAGGCACCUAAAAGGGAAAACAAAACAUGGCACAAAGACCUCGCCUUAACACAAUGUUGCAGAAUGUGGUCAAUUGUCUUUUCCUGAGUAUUUCAAAGGAAACAUCUAUUAACUAACUUCCAACCCCCCCUCUGAAGCAAAUCUAGAGUCAAAUCUUUUCCCCAAGACGCCACUUAAGCAAAAAAACUCGCCUUAGGCGGAACCCACCCAUUCCAAAUAGCCCCUAUUGAAAAAGGCACUGAUCUUCUAGGCUCCAGAACAAAGUAGAGAGACUUAAUGGAGAAAGUUCCACUUUUUGUCUCCAACCAAAUCACUUUAUUCACUUCUUCCCAAUUCACCACCUUAGCUUGUAGCCUCGAAAAUAAAUAUUCCACAAUCUUGAUCUCCUAAUCUGUUAGCCACCAAGAGAAUCUAGGAUUCUAAACACCCCUUUCAUUGAAUUAGAACCACAAAUCCGUCACCCACGCCUUUUUUGAACUAUGACAAAUAAAGAAGGAAAGGAAACACUUAAGAGCUCAUCCCCACACCAAAUAUCCUUCUAAAACUUUAUCCUCUUCUUGUUGCCCACAAAGAAGAAGACUCUAUAGUUGACUAUCUCUCCUAAUCUCCUUAUGGCCUUCCAUAACCCCACUUCAUAUCUGUCUCUCACUUCUUUAGAAGACCAACCCCCUUCAACCUUUCCAUAUUUACCACUAAUAAUUUGCCUUCAGAAAACCUCUUGUUUUGUUGCAAAACGUUAGUUCCAUUUGCAAAGAAGGACCUUAUUGAGUGAGGAAAGAUGCCUAACUCCCAAAUCACCUUAACCUUAUCUUCUCUCUUCACUAACUUAUCUUGUCAUUGUGAAAAAAAGUCUCAACAUUACUUAACUCCCAAUCGUUUAAGUCUCUAGAGAAACACAAAUUCCAAUGAUCGCCUACAACUGUCUCACCCCAUAAAUCCACCAUCUAAGCCUAUUUGGAUGAGGCUAGAGUGUACAAAGAUGGGAAGGACACAUACAAGAGUUCAUCCCCACAACAUUUGUCCUUUCAAAACCUCACCCUCCCAUUACCUACUUCAAAGGAUGGUCUACUAUCAAAAAGAUCCCACCCAUUUGUGAUAGUUUUUCAUAUUCCAACCCCACAUCCAAUUCUCAUAUUGCAAAAAUGUCGACUCCCUUCUUCCUUUCAAUACUUCCCCUAUAACUUGUUUCUAGAAAGCUUUCCCUUUGGAUGCAAAUCUCCAACUCCACUUUCCAAAAAGAGCUUGAUUAAGUGAUGAAAGAGAUCUAAUGCCCAAUCUUCUACUAUUAUCCAUGCAAACAAUUGUCCAUUUCACUAUACGCGGUUUUUUUCUCCAUUGCCUUACCUUUUUAUAGGAAAUCUCUUUAGAUCUUCUCGAGCCUCAGUUUGAGCUCUUAGGAAUGGUAAAGGACAUAUAAUAGAUGAGACACAUCCAACCUCUUGCCUUGAAGCUUGAUAGAUAAUCACUUUCGCUAGCCUCCUCUAGAAGACAACUCAAUGCUUCCAUCACCAACAUAAGUAAAAAAACUGGGAGGGGUUCCUUUGUCUUAAACCUUUGGAGCUUUGAGAAAAUUCGAAAGGUGUGUCACUAUAAGCAUAAGAAACAUUUUUGUGGAUAUGCACCAUUUAAUCCAUCUAAUUCAUUUCUUGUCGAGUUCCAUUUUUUUCAAGAAUUGCUAACAAAAAGGCUUAGUUAACAUAGUUAUAUGCCUUCCCAAUGUAAAGCUUACAAAUUACUUCAGUGAAAUUGCUCUUCAUUGUGGUAUCUAUAGCCUCAUUAGCUACAAGUGCUGCAUUUAGAAUUUGUUUACCCUUUACAAAAGCGUUUUGGAACUUGUAGACCACUUUCCCACCACUCUCUUUAGUCAUUUUGCCAGCACCUUAGCUAGAAGUUUAUGUAAACCACCCGUCGGGCUUAUGGGCUUGACAUCUUUUAAGUCCUUUGCAUCCCUUUUCUUUGGAAUUAGCACAAAAAUGUAACAGUUAGACUUCUUUCAAAGUUACCUUGAUCAUAAAACUCCCUAAAGCAAUCCUUCACCUUGCUUUUCACGAAGUCCCAAUUGAAAUGCCAAGAAGCCAUAGAGAAUCCAUCUGGCCUUGGAGCUUUAUCCUCACUUAAAUUCAAUAAAGUACUAAACACCUCCUCCAUUGAGAAUGCCACUUCUAAACCUUGUAUCUAAAGGUGUGAUUUUUAUUAGAAUCAUCUACCAAGUAAUUGUUUGAGAAAAAUGACUUUUAAAUGUAUAUUAAACACCUAAUUUUUGUAAGGAAACACUUUUAAGCAUUAGGAAGCUCUUCUAGCUUUCUCAAAAUUUCUCCCAAACAAGCUCUUAGUUGCAACUCUUCACUCUGGCUUUUGAACCUAUCAUAGCACCUCAGGGAGGCUGGAACAUGUAUCACGUACAGAAGAAAAGAGAGUAUUAAGAAAUUUUAUAGACGCCAACUAUAAUUAAAAGGUCAUGUAAUGCAUUAGGACCAGACUUGAGAGUGGAUAUAAAAAAGAUGAUUAAAUAUAUUCGGAUUAGUAAAAUGAUAGUCUUAGAAUUGAUUUAGCAUAUUAAUUCUUCAAAUUGUUCAAGAUUAUUUUGUUUAAUAGUGGGUAACUAAAUUAAACAGUAAUGUUCUGUUUAAUUACCAA